AAAAAUCUAAAUUCUACUGGAGUCCGAGUGCUACAGCCGCAGCCUGUAGGUCCUGAAGAAUGAAGAUUUGAAAGCGAGGCCAUGGCUAAACACCUGAAGUUCAUUGCCAGGACUGUGAUGGUUCAGGAGGGGAACGUGGAAGGUGCAUACAGGACCCUGAACAGAAUCCUCACUACCGAUGGGUUUACUGAGGUCAUAAAGCAGCGGCGUUUCUAUGAGAAGCCCUGCCGCCGCCGCCAGCGGGAGAGCUAUGAAACAUGCCGGAGGAUCUACAACAUGGAAAUGGCUCGAAAGAUUAACUUCUUGAUGAGGAGGAACCGGGCAGACCCAUGGCUGGGCUGCUAAGCCCACGUUAGUUCUGUGUCUGACUGUUCUUACACAACCCCAAUCUCUGUUACCUUUCUCUGCAAUAAACACGGUCACACGUGAA